GUACUGGUGGACAGACACGGUUCAAGUCUGCAUGUCACGUUAGCUGUUUAGCUACCCAAAAGGACUAGACUCGGGGCGAUUUUAGCACUAUGACAGGGGACCAUAAUGCUCUAGGCCUCCCUAGAGCUCCAGCUUUGGCAGAUUGUCCAGAUGAUAAUUUGGGUCUGCCUAUGGAGCCCCUAUGUGGCAGUGGCCCCCUCAGCCACCACAUCCUCCGCCCAUCCUAUGCGAACAGUGAAAGCUGGCAGAAGCAUCGAGCGGGACUGGCCGGAAGGUCGAGCUUGUGUUCCGGUUCCCAUCCCAUCCUCGAGCCCCAAAGUCUCUCAAGCAGUCGCGACACCCUCUACCCCCCACACGUGCUGGGCCAGACACCGUCUCCACACCAAAACAGAACCGGCCUCACCCUGGAUGUGACGUCGACGUUUGAUGUUGGAGGGAGCAUGCUGGCGAUGGAUGGAGAUUUGUCCGUUAGUCCCAAUGUGAUUAAGAGACGCCGCGGGGGCCUAAUUGAGCAGAAGGACAUCGUGAAGGCCCAUCAGGCCCAUAAGAUCCACAGCACACCGCAGGCACGACGCAAGGAGUGGGAAAUGGCCCGCUUCGGAGACGAUGUUCCGGGCUUGUUUGGCGCAGGAGAUGGCAGCUCGGAGCGCAACAGGAGCCGCGAUGGAGCGACCGUGUCUACAGGUGGCGUGUCCCCUGCAGCCUUCAAGCAGACCAAAGCGCAGCGUGCCCGCACCAUGGCCUUGUACAACCCCAUCCCGGUCCGUGAGAACUGCUUCACCGUCAACAGGUCUCUCUUUAUCUUGGGGGAGGACAACGUGGUGCGCAAGUACGCCAAGAAAAUCACUGAGUGGCCUCCUUUUGAGUACAUGAUCCUCGCCACCAUCAUCGCCAACUGUAUCGUUCUGGCCCUGGAGCAGCAUCUACCAGGAGAGGACAAAACGCCCAUGUCAAAGAGACUGGAGAAAACUGAGCCCUACUUCAUUGGGAUGUUCUGUUUCGAGGCAGGAAUAAAGAUCAUCGCCCUCGGCUUUGUGUUUCAUAAAGGAUCCUACCUCAGGAAUGGGUGGAACGUCAUGGAUUUCAUUGUGGUCCUCAGUGGGAUUCUGGCUGCAGCUGGCGCUCACAUGAACAUCUCCGUGGACCUGAGGACUCUAAGGGCAGUGCGAGUGCUGCGACCUCUCAAACUGGUCUCGGGCAUCCCCAGUCUCCAGAUAGUCCUGAAGUCUAUAAUGAAGGCCAUGGUUCCACUGCUGCAGAUUGGCCUACUGCUAUUUUUUGCAAUCCUCAUGUUUGCCAUCAUCGGUUUGGAGUUUUACAGCGGCAAACUGCACCACACCUGCAAGCCGCAGCCAGGAAUACUCGAAAAUGAGACCGUGGACCCCUCAGAGCUUGAGUUUCCGUGUGGCAUGCGUCGGUGCCCGUCCAAAUACACCUGCAGCGACACAUGGAUCGGCCCGAAUGAUGGCAUCACUCAGUUUGACAACAUCCUUUUUGCUGUUCUCACUGUCUUCCAGUGCAUCACCAUGGAGGGAUGGACCACUGUGCUCUACAAUACCGAUGAUGCCUUGGGUCCCAGUUGGAACUGGCUCUACUUCAUCCCGCUCAUCAUCAUUGGCUCCUUCUUUGUCCUGAACCUGGUGCUGGGAGUCCUCUCUGGGGAGUUUGCCAAAGAGAGGGAGAGGGUAGAAAACCGCAGGGCUUUCAUGAAAUUGAGACGCCAGCAGCAGAUUGAGCGAGAGCUCAACGGUUACCGGGCGUGGAUCGACAGGGCAGAGGAGGUGAUGCUUGCAGAGGAGAAUAAGAAUCCUGGACCCUCUGCCCUUGAUGCUCUCAGAAGGCUCCCUGAGUGGAGUACAGGCGGUGCCUAUGUGCUGAAGAGAGCCACCACCAUAAAGAGGAGAGGCAUGGAUACGGCCCAUCGUGGUCCACCGGGGGAGGAACAAUAUGGUGACAUUUCCUCAGUGGGCCUCCCCAUUGCGAGAGGGAGCAUCAGAAGCACCCGGCGAGGUCCUGCUGCUUAUUUCCGGCGCAAGGAGCGGCUGCUGCGUAUCUCUAUCCGCCGUGUGGUGAAGACACACACCUUCUACUGGACAGUGCUGGGCUUGGUGGCUCUCAACACACUCUGUGUGUCCAUUGUUCAUCACAAUCAGCCCCACUGGUUGUCCAACUUCCUGUACUAUGCAGAGUUCUUGUUCCUCGCUCUGUUCCUGACGGAGAUGUUUCUGAAGAUGUACAGCCUGGGUCCACGCCUGUACUUCCACUCCUCAUUCAACUGCUUUGACUGCAGCGUGAUUGUUGGCAGCAUCUUUGAAGUGCUUUGGGGUUUCUUCAGGCCAGGCACUUCUUUUGGCAUCAGUGUCCUGCGCGCUCUUCGUCUGCUGAGGAUCUUCAAGAUCACCAAGUAUUGGGCAUCUCUGAGAAACCUGGUUGUGUCACUGAUGAAUUCCAUGAAGUCCAUCAUCUCGCUCAUCUUCCUCCUCUUCCUUUUCAUUGUUGUCUUUGCUCUCCUGGGCAUGCAGCUCUUUGGCGGCAGAUUCAUCUUUAAGGACUACACACCGACAAACUUUGACACCUUUCCUGCAGCCAUCAUGACCGUCUUUCAGAUCCUGACUGGGGAGGACUGGAAUGAGGUGAUGUACAAUGGCAUUCGUUCUCAGGGAGGAGUCAAGACUGGCAUGUGGUCUUCAAUAUACUUCAUAGUCCUCACCUUGUUUGGAAACUACACUCUGCUUAAUGUCUUCUUGGCCAUUGCCGUAGAUAACCUUGCUAAUGCACAAGAGCUCACUAAGGACGAAGAGGAAGCAGAGGCCGCCUUUAACCAGAAGCAUGCUCUCCAGAAAGCCAAGGAGGUCGGCCCAUUGUCCUCCUUCAUGUCCUCGGAAGGAAGCCGUAGGAGGCGACCCUAUCUGUACAGGAAAAGAGCCAUUCACCGCAGUCGUCCCACCUACUCCUGCUCCCUGGAGGAGGCGCAGGGCAGCAUCAAGGAGGGCCGCCCUCUCCCACCACUCAACCCGUCUAACUCUUUCAUGUCCAGGAGAGAGAGGAGAAAGCGAAUGACCAUGUCUGUGUGGGAGCAGAGGACCAGCCAGCUGAGGAGACACCGCCAGAUGUCCAGCAGAGAGAUUUUGUUCGGCAACCCCAGCGAAGAGAAAGAGGGACCUCCCGCCUCUGCCCAGUCCGGACCGCCACUGUCACUGCAUCGCAGAGCUAUGCAGAACACGCCACCAGGGGGGCACCUGGCCUCCCCGUCCAAAAAGCAGGCCUCAGGCGCUUCCAUGGAGAUGUCUUUUGAAGCCAUUUUAUCUGGUGAUAUCCGUGAUCCCACCAUGUUAGCAUCGGACCACUUGAGCAUUACCCCUGAUGAGCCUCCUGAGUCCAUACCAGAGCCUCCUGAGUCAGAAGCCGUCCCAGGGGGUGGGAAACUGGAUGUCGACGAGAGUCACAGCAAGAUGAGCGAGCGAAGGAGCCCCAGGUUGAAUGGUGAUCGUCAGCACCGGGCAGUGAAGAAGUUUAAACCACUAGAUGGAGGUGCCACCCUCACGUCUCAGACGGGAGGUCACAUUGAGAUUAGAGGCAAGAAGGCACUACGUAGCAGUCAAAACGGGGAGGACAGGAGUCAGGAAUCAUCUCCCAGGAAAGAAAACCAAGAGUUGGAGAGUUGCUCGGUCAACAAAGAGAGCAGCAGAAAUCCUGGGAAAGUAAAGGAUGAGGAGGAGGAGGAGGAGGAGGAGAGUCACAAGAGAGAGGAGUCCAAACCUGAGGAGAACAGAAAGGGUGACCAAAGUGAGGGAGUGGAUGCUGAGCCACCAAACAACCAUGCUGGUGUCCAAAAGCAGCAUGCAGAUUCUCUUCACGAAGAAGCACCGUGUCCUAUUGUUGUACCUGAGGGCAACCAAGAAGACCUGGAUAAAUCUCAGCUCAGCUCCAGCGUGAUUGUUGAGAUGCCCGACAUGGAGGCGUCCAUGGAGCUCUCCAGCAUCACAGUUAACAGCAAGGAACCUGAAGCCUCCAAGUGUGAAAAGGAGGAGCAUGGAGAUACUAAACCAGUCAACACUGUGACGCCUGACAGCAUGUUCAUCUUCAAACCAGACAACCCGGUGCGUAGAGCAUGUCACUACGUGGUGAACCUCAGGUACUUUGAAAUGUCCAUCCUGCUGGUCAUAGCCGCAAGUAGCAUCGCGCUUGCUGCAGAGGACCCCGUAUCAACCACCUCUGACUGGAACAAGGUUCUGCGUUAUUUUGACUAUGUGUUCACCGGCGUCUUCACGUUUGAAAUGAUUAUUAAGAUGAUCGACCAGGGUCUGAUCCUCCACGACGGCUCAUAUUUCAGAGACUUGUGGAACAUCCUGGACUUCAUCGUGGUGGUUGGUGCUCUCGUGGCUUUCGCCCUCACCAAUGUGAUGGGAAACAACAAAGGACGGGACAUUAAAACCAUCAAAUCCCUGAGAGUAUUACGUGUCCUCAGGCCCUUGAAGACCAUCAAGAGGCUUCCAAAACUCAAGGCUGUAUUCGACUGCGUGGUGACGUCACUGAAAAAUGUCUUCAACAUCCUGAUUGUUUACAAGCUGUUCAUGUUCAUUUUCGCUGUCAUCGCUGUGCAGCUCUUCAAGGGGAAGUUCUUUUACUGCAACGACAGCUCCAAGGACACAGAGAAGGACUGCCAAGGUUACUAUAUCGACUAUGGGAAGGACAAGAAAGAGGUGAAGAAACGAGAGUGGAAGAGACACGAGUUCCACUACGACAACGUGAUCUGGGCUCUGUUGACUCUCUUCACAGUGUCGACAGGAGAAGGCUGGCCUCAAGUCCUGCAGCACUCGGUCGACGUGACCGAGGAAGACAGGGGGCCGAGUCACGGCAACAGGAUGGAGAUGUCCAUCUUCUAUGUCAUCUACUUUGUAGUCUUUCCUUUCUUCUUUGUCAACAUCUUUGUGGCCCUCAUCAUCAUCACCUUUCAGGAACAGGGGGAUAAGAUGAUGGAGGAGUGCAGCCUGGAGAAGAAUGAGAGGGCGUGCAUCGACUUCGCCAUCAGCGCUAAACCACUGACCCGUUACAUGCCCCAGAACCGCCAUACAUUCCAGUACCGUCUGUGGCAUUUUGUGGUCUCGCCCUCUUUCGAGUACACCGUCCUGGCUAUGAUCGCUCUCAACACCAUCGUAUUGAUGAUGAAGUACUAUUCAGCCCCUCCUGCCUAUGAAGCUGUACUCAAGCACCUGAACACAGCAUUCACUGUUCUCUUCUCUGUUGAAUGUGUCCUCAAGAUAAUGGCUUUUGGGUUUCUGAAUUACUUUCGGGACACAUGGAACAUUUUUGACUUCAUCACCGUCCUCGGCAGCAUUACUGAGAUCGUAGUAGACUUGCAGUUUGUAGACACAUUCAACAUGAGUUUCUUGAAGCUGUUCCGAGCAGCACGUUUGAUCAAACUGCUGAGACAGGGCUACACCAUCCGGAUCCUUCUGUGGACCUUUGUGCAGUCCUUCAAAGCUUUGCCUUACGUCUGCUUGCUCAUCGCCAUGCUCUUCUUUAUCUACGCCAUCAUCGGCAUGCAGGUGUUUGGGAACAUUAAGCUGAAUGAGGAGACACACAUAAACCAACACAACAACUUCAAGACCUUCUCUGGGGCUCUGAUGCUGCUCUUCAGGAGUGCCACGGGGGAGUCCUGGCAGGAGAUCAUGUUGUCCUGUCUUGGGGGGCAGCACUGUGAGGCAGACCCCUCCAACCCCGUGCGUCUACAGAGCACUGAGCAGGAGGGAGGCUGCGGCUCAGACUUUGCUUAUUUCUACUUUGUGUCCUUCAUCUUUUUCAGCUCCUUCCUGAUGCUGAACUUGUUUGUGGCCGUGAUCAUGGAUAACUUUGAGUAUCUGACUCGAGACUCAUCCAUCCUGGGACCCCAUCACUUGGAUGAGUUUGUCCGAAUCUGGGGGGAGUAUGAUCGAGCUGCCUGUGGCCGCAUCCAUUACACUGACAUGUAUGAGAUGUUGACCAACAUGUCGCCACCUCUAGGCCUGGGCAAGAAAUGCCCUUCCAAGGUGGCUUAUAAGAGACUAGUCCUGAUGAACAUGCCUGUGGACGAGGACAUGUCAGUCCACUUCACUUCCACACUCAUGGCCCUCAUCCGCACUGCCCUGGAGAUCAAGAUAGCAGGAGGAGGGGAGGAUCGUAAUCAGAUGGACUUGGACCUUCAGAAGGAAAUUAGUGUGAUCUGGCCUCACCUCUCUCAGAAGAUGCUGGACCUGCUGGUUCCUAUUAACAAAGCUAGUGACAUGACCAUAGGUAAGAUCUACGCAGCCAUGAUGAUCAUGGACUACUACAAGCAGAGCAAGGCAAAGAAGCUUCGACAGCAGCUGGAGGAACAAAAACACGCUCCCAUGUUCCAGCGUAUGGAUGCCUCCUCUUUGCCUCAGGAGAUCAUCUGCAAUGCCAAAUCACUGUCCUUCCUUCGGCACAGUGCAGGAUCAGCUCUCACCAGAGGAGGCUUUGUGGCCCUCAGCCCCAUUUCCCCCCAGGAGAUGUUCCUGCAGCAGCGGCCUUGCUCCGGGGAGGAAGAGGAGGAGAAUGAUGAUUACUAUUCACCCUAUCACCCUUACCACUUCCCUCAUCAUCACCACCACCACCAUUCACACACGCUGGUGCCUGAUGUCGUGGAGUAUAACCAAGUGAAGCAGCACCCAGCACAGGAUCCAACAGUCGUCAAGUCACCUCAGCGCACGUCCUCCAUCAGAGCAUCCUCUAUGCCCAGACUUGCUAUGGAACCACAGCCUGGAAUGUCAGUGGACAGAAAGCUCAUGAAGCGCUCCUUUUCCACCAUUGGAGACCAGUGUGUGAACCGCCUCUGGCAAGAACAACAUUCCCUGGAAAGAGUCAGCCCAGACAGCACAUACAGGCUCCGUCAGAAGAGCUACAGAGGCCCAAGAAUCAAUCAAAGCAGUCACGAGAGAGGGCGUUCCAAAGAACGUCGCCACCUGCUGUCUCCAGAUGUGUCCCGCUGUAACUCUGAGGAGCGCAGUCGAGACCCGUCAUGCGAAAGGAGACGCUCGCUCUCGCCUAAAGAAGGACGCACUCGCUCUUUACAGAGACAGGUCAACAUCUCUGGCAGUCCUGUCCAUUCAGCCUCAGAGUCCGGCACCCCACGUAACCGGCGCCAGCUUCCACAGACCCCUUCCCGCCCCCGUCCUCACAUCUCCUACUCCCCCCUGGUGAGCCGGGAUCAACCCUCCAGCACACCGGCCCCUGCCUCUGCAGGAAACAGCCCACAUCGGGGCCCCCACAAACCUUCCAAGGAGUCCUCCUCAUCCGGUCCGAGCCAUCCGUCCCCCCACCGUUACAUAUCUGAGCCUUACCUCCCGUUUCAUGAGGACCUCAGUGGCAGCCAGGCAGGUGAGAAGCAGCAGGGGACCCUGACUUUCGAGACUGCCGUGGCUACCAGCCUGGGACGGGCCAAUGCUAUCAGCUCCGCCCCUCAGCUGAGACACUCCUGGCAGGUCCCUAAUGGACAUUUCCGGAAGAACUUAGUGCAGGCUUGCCCGGCCAGCACUGGUGAGUUGGUGAGUGACACAGACGAGGAUGACCGCUGCUAAAACUGGAAAAAGAAGCUGGGAAGACCUGACUGGCUGUUGUCAGUAGCAGUAGCAUCACAGGCAGAACUAAACACCACUGCCAUUUAUCAGCGUUGUUUGCUGUUUGUCUCUAUUUUGUCCUUGUGUGUAUUCUUGCUGUGCCUGGAGUGACCUAAUGUGUGUGUACUCACUGGAGAAAAGCUCGUAUGCUACAUCAUUCACACAAGCCUUCCUUCUCCUUUGUCAUGUAUUUGAACAAAACAUGCUGUGUGGGCUAAAGUAUUGAGUCGGACUUUCUUCAAGAGUCUGGAGUGUCUUUGUGAAGAGCAUUUAUGAGGUCAAGGGUCGUGUAUGUUAAAUGAGAGGGCCUGGCUCACAGGUGUUUGAUGGCGUCCAGCUCUUCCACACCAAAUUCAGCCAAGGAUGCCUUUAUGGACUUUCCCACAAACUGUUCACCGGUAAAGUUGGUAAUUGAUUAGUGACCGUAUUGACCAGAAUAUAACGUAAGAGUGUUUGGGGUUUUUUUAGGUCUGAAAAAGACAUUUUAGGCUACAUUCACACUGCAGGGUAUGAUGACCAAUUCAGAUUUUUUGUUAAAAUACAAUCUUUUUAUGUAGUUGUUCACAUUACAAAAAAAAAUUAUACCUGUUUUUGUGAGUAACGUGAACGCGAUGUGUUCAGGAAGUGGCGCGCUUGCUCACAAAACACAACGUCGCAGGCAGCGUGUUUAUGGAAGUAAACGUAGCCCCAACUCCUCGUAUCAGUCCUGGCACGUUUGUGGCAACUUCAAGGAUUUUGUGCACAUUUUCUUAAAUUAUUUUGCAUAGAAGAUUGAGACUGUUGCAACAUCUGCUCCAAGGAGCGUCUAGGUAAGGAGUCGGAGCCAGGGGUGGUGGGACAUUGACGUCAGCCACUUCACUGACACAAAAAUAUUAAAUAAUAAAACGCCUUUCAAUGUAUAGGUCGGAUAUACGUGACUCCAACGUUGAGACUGCAGUGGCAUCGGUUACAUAUUGGAUUUAUAUCCAAACACAAGACAUACUGUAUGUCAUGCAGAGAGAUUUGUGAGGUCUGAUUUUUUUCAAGGAGGCAUUUUUGGAUGCAAAUGUAUUACUCUUUUGAACGCAAAUUGUUUUGAGAAGCCAAACUCUUACUUAAGUGGCCCCAUCAACAAAGUGGAACUACAUUUCUCAUCACGGAAAUACGACCAGAACUGAACUCACGGGAAUGAGUGUGGGGUACGUCACUGUUGAUGUACUACACCGCUGAUGGGGAUGUCAUACAAAAAAUCCCAGCUAUCCCUUUAAAGUUCUUUUUCUUCAGCAGUGGUUUUUGUUUUGGAACUCUUCCAUGCAGUGUAUUUCUUCUGGUGGAGUCAUGAACACUGACUUUAACUGAGGCAAGUGAGGCCAGCAGUUCUUUGGAUGUUGUUGUGGGGUCUUUUGUGACCUCUUGGAUGAGUCAUCGCUGUACUCUUGGGGUCAUUUUGGUUGGCUGGCCACUCCUGGGAAGGUUCACCACUGUUCCAUGUUUUUGCCAUUGGUGGAUAAUGGCUCUCACUGUGGUUCGCUGGAGUCCCAAAGCUUUAGAUAAGGCUUUAUAACGUUUUCCAGACUGAUAGAUAUCAAUUCAUCUCAGUUAUGUUUUAACAGGGGAGGGGGGCAAUCCCUUUUUCACACAGGGCCAUGUAGGUUUUGAUUUUUCAUUCCCUUAAUAAGAAAAUGCUUCAUUUAAAAACUGAAUUUUGUGUUCAGUUGUGUUGGCAUUGACUUAUAUUUAAAUUUGUUUGAUGAUGUUUAACAUUUAAGUGUGACCAACAUGCAAAACAAUAAGAAAUCAGUAAGGGGGCAAACCCGUCUUCACACCACUGUGUGGAAAAAAAAAGAUUAUUUUUUGUCUGAAAAAGUAUUUUUUGCAGAAACAGGUUUUGAAAAACAGUGUUUGUCUUAUAGUAGGAUCAAUACAGUAAUUUGGCCUUUUUCUGUCUUGAAAAAUCUUUUUCCCAAACAGGUUUUGACAAACAGGGGUCGUCUUAUAUUCAGGUCAAUACGGUAAUUUAGCUCUUUUUUUUGUCUUAAAAAAUAUUUUCCCAUAAAUGGUCUUCGAAAAGCGGUGUCAUCUUAUAUUCAGGGUCGUGUUGUAUUUGGGUCAGUACAGUAAUUGAUUAAGUGGUUUAAGAAAAUCCCAAUAUUUUGUCAGCAAAAUGUAGCCAGUGAUCAUCUAAAUUGCAUUUUCUGGAUGUAAACAUAGAGGUAGCAUGUAAAAAUGUAUAAUGCAGAAUGGAAUUUAUUAGCAUCUGAUGUUCAGGGAAUUUGGGAGGGUUGUUGUUGGUCUCCAGCAGACUCAUUUUGGACCACAUUUGCCAGAAUACAACUGGCGAGUAGCCAUGGCAAACUUCCUGUUUACACAAAGUAGAAAAUGUGCAUUAUAUGUAGGCAGCAAUGAAUGAGUCGUUAUUACAGACGUAUGGAAUGUUUGCUCUGUGAUGUGAUUGGAUAUUGAGAAUCCUUUCUUAUAAAUUCUGAAAUCUUAAGAAUGUUUACAAGGUCCACAUUUGCCACUGCUGUAAUGGUAGAAAAGCAAACUUUUUUCACUCUAUACAUUCCUGUUCCGGAAGCGGAUGUGACUGAAGCCAUUUUCUUCCGGUACAUAGAGCCCAAGGAUGUGUUCUUCCGUAAGGAUGUGCUGCCUUCUUCCACCACAUGAUGACCAUAAAGACGUGCUUUUUAGAGGAAUUGGAAUGUAGCGUUCUGUCUUAAGCUGCUGCAUCACUGCCUCAUGUAAACAUUGCGGUAUUUUCACUUCCACACACGGCGAAGAUGCAGUGUGUAUUCAUGUAUUCACGUGUAUUCAUUUCUGUUUCCAACCCAGCAACAAUUUCUCCUCCACACUGUUUUGAAGUUGUGUAUUUACUGUAUACAAUGUGCUGUUGGUGCCACUGUAACUUGACUAAAAUGUGAACACAUGAUCUACUUGCUUAAGAAAGGAUGCUGCAGUCCCACAGUGAAUGUCCUGAACUGAAAAUAACCGCACAUUUAUAUCACACACAGGUCAGGUUAAUCGUAAUCUUGGGGCCAUUCACACAUCAAGAUGGGUCUUUUUUGAAAUGCAUCUCGUUUUGUUCACAAAAUUAACAUUUUGCUUCAUGUCAAUCUUCCCAAACUUUGCACCAAAAAACUGUCAUUAAUGUUACGACUUAUUUUUAACUUCUUUCUUUAAAACCCUGUUGAAAUAUUGCAACUUUUUUUUCUCAUACUUCUACAUUAUUUGUGUACAUUAAAUGCGCCCAUUAUUGCUUAAUAUAUGACUUUAUAUUUAAGAGUUACGUCGCCACCCGUUGCUUUGGCAUGCUUCUGACAGCCUGUAAAAAGCAAUGGAACAGAGAUUUUGUUGGUGUCGAUUUUCUUGAGAGUUUUUUUUUUUUUUUAUCAUUGCCAUAAUUUUUUUUUUUUUUGUGCCUUUCUCCAAAAUGACUUUCUUCAGGCUUCUCAUUGGAUAAAGUAGGAGUCAUAGUGCCACCUGUUGCAUUGACAUGUGCUGGCUGCGAAUUUUUCAUUUUGUUUUUUGUUUUUUUUCCCCACUGAAUUUUGCUGUUGUUGUUAUGCCUUUUUCUUAAUGACUUUAUGCAGGCUUCUGAUUGGAUACAACUUACAGUUAAGUGUUGUAGUGCCCCAUGGUGCUCCGACAUGCUCAUGGUAGUCCGCAAAAGCAUUUUCAUGUGGAAAAAGCAUUUUUUUUCAAACACAAUUUUGUUGUUUUUCUGCCUUUUCCUGAAAUGACUUUCUUCACGCUUCUAAUUGGCUUAAAUAGCCUGAAAAUUACAGGUUGUAGUGCCAUGUGUUACUUUGGCAUGCCAUUAAUACGCAUGUGGACAAAUACUUUUUUUUUUGGCAAUUUCUUCCCCUUAAUUUUCAAUUGUUGUUAUUCCUUUUCCUGAAAUGAUUUUCUUCAGGCUUCUAAUUGGCUAAAAUGGCCUUAAAGUUAUAGGUUGUAGUGCCAUCUGCAUUGGCAUUGUGUUUAUGUUUUUUGGUGGUAAAUAGUUAUAGAAAAAUUACAGUGUAUGUGUGCACAUAGCCUUAAUAUAAGUGUGUACAUAACAGCCUCAUCUGUGCCUGGGAACAUUCCUAAGAGUUCCCUCUCCAGCCAGGAUUUUCUUACGUAUUCAGAGAGGUUUUCUUGUGUUAAUAUGUUGUAUAAAGUGUAAAUCCAUGCACCGUUAAGAUUAGAAACGCAGAAAAGAUGUGUUUACAUAAGCAUUAAAGAGGCAUCACUUGUCUUAUUGCCUUGGUGACUAUUUAUUUUUAUUGAGUGGCAGCCCAAACACCAUCUUUGAGGUGGUACAAAUAAAUGGUAGACUACAAUGUAUCCCACCAGGCAUCCUUCAGUUGUUUUUGGAAAUGUUUAUAGUCAUGUUUCAGUAAUGUCACUUUCUUGCCUGUGUGUUUCGCAGUGGCGCAAAUCCUUCUCUGCUGGCCUGAACACUAACAGAAGGACUGACCACCAUUUACAACUUCAAUUUUAGUAUUUGUUCCAUGAAAAUGCUGAUGUAGUCCUGUUUGUUUGUAUGUAUGUAUGUUUCUGUUGUUUUCUUAUUGUUGUCGCAACUGUUGUUGUCCUAUGUCCUUGUCCCGCUCUUUAUUAUCGCCUUCUUGUCCCCGCACACCCCCUUUUGUUUUCUUAUCUCUUCUUCUCUAUCCCCUCCUGCUCCGUUCCGUCCGCUGCAAAUUUGCAUGACAAGAGAAACAUCUCAGUCAAAUCAAUUCUGUAUAACAGGGGAAGUGUAUCUCACACUUUUCCCUGGCAGAGCAAAUCUGUUGAGCACCUAAUGGCAUUCAGACCAACAAUACGAGCUGCCCUAAUGCCGGGACAGGACAAAAAAAAAUGAAAUUUUUUCUUGGUGGUUGGAGAUCUCACUGAAAUAUUGUCGGUGAUUGAAGUCGCCAUGGCUACAACAGCGCUAUUAUUCUACCUAUUACAAGCUCGUACCAUAACUACAGACUUUGUUUGUUGAACUACUUUCUGCUACUGCUAGCCAUGAUGUCACCACUCCUAACUAGGGAGACCUUCCAGGCUUAGGUGUGAACUUUGACCUCGAAUGUCUCCAAGUACUGCGUUAAUGCUGUCAGAAUGUGUCAGCUUUGUGACGAAGUUUGCAUUGAUGUGCUAAAACAGCU